AUGGUCUGUUCUGAUAACUUUGUUCUGCUAUGGACGUUGUCCAACACUUCGGUCUGUAUCGGUGACACUGACCAGGAAGUGGACGAGAUGGACUCAGACGAGUUCAUUAGCGACUUUGCCAGAUUUGUAAUUAUAUUUGUCAAUCACGUCAUCCUUGAUAUGUGUGUGUGUGUCUUUGGAAUUGUGGGUAACUGCCUUAACAUAACAGUGUUUCUAAAACAAGGAUUGCGAACGUCCGUGAACUUGAGUCUGUGUGCCAUGUCGCUGUCAGACCUGAUCGGUCUCAUCUUCCAGGUCUGGCACAACUUUUGUCUUAACCCUUACUUGGAACAGCUUGACCUACCCGUCGAUUUCUUAGAGGUGCAGGUCCUGACAGGCGGAUGUCCGAACGUUGUCAUGACGCGGAUCACUGGUUGGGUCACCAUGUUCAUCACAGCUGAGCGGUGCCUCAGCGUGUUGACGCCUCUGAACGUCAGACGCAUCGUCACGUUUGAAAGAAGCAUGGUCAUUCUUCUCUUAUGCUACAGUAUAAACUUGGCUUUCUUCCUCCCGCGGUACGCCUAUGACUACUUGAGUUUCAUCUUCUACCCAGCGUUGAACAAAACAAAGUUGGCCAUUGGGGUCAGGGACGGGGAGGAGACGAUCGUCUUCUUUCUAAACUUGUCUCAUUUCUACCUGUCCAUCAUCGCGUUUGUUGUGGUCGUCAUGAACACGGCCAUCCUUGUGGUCAGUCUAAGGAGGAAGUCCAAGUGGAGAAAGAACGUCGUCUCCAACAAGAGCCAACAGGAUGUGUUAUCCAGCCGCGAGAACAAAACUAUGGCGCUGGUCAUAAUGGUAGCCACGGUGCUAAUUAUCUGCUACACCCCUGGCGUUGUCUGUGCCUUCCUGGAGAUCUUCGACCCUGAUUUUAGUUUUUAUGCUAAGCAGGAAAACGUGUACCACGUGACCUGGUCUUUCUGCUUCCUGUUCAACUCUAUCAACGCAAGCAUUAACGUUUUAGUCUACUACAGAAUGAGCUCUAAAUAUAGAUCUACACUUCUAGAGACUUUCCCGAUGUUAAAGGGCAAAAAGGCUAAAAUUUGA